UACACUCUAGAACUGCGUUGCAGUCUGACCACGAGAAAACACUCAGUUCACUCUAGAACUGUGUUGUAGUCUGACCACGAGAAAACACUCAGUUCACUCUAGAACUGCGUUGCAGUCUGACCACGAGAAAACACUCAGUUCACUCUAGAACUGUGUUGCAGUCUGACCACGAGAAAUCACUCAGUUCACUCUAGAACUGUGUUGCAGUCUGACCACGAGAAAACACUCAGUUCACUCUAGAACUGUGUUGCAGUCUGACCACGAGAAAACACUCAGUACACUCUAGAACUGUGUUGCAGUCUGGCCACGAGAAAACACUCAGUUCACUCUAGAACUGUGUUGCAGUCUGGCCACGAGAAAACACUCAGUUCACUCUAGAACUGUGUUGCAGUCUGACCACGAGAAAACACUCAGUUCACUCUAGAACUGUGUUGCAGUCUGACCACGAGAAAACACUCAGUUCACUCUAGAACUGUGUUGCAGCCGGAACACUACCUUGAACAGUGGUCUCCCUAUGCAACAUUUUCAUUGUUUUUCAACACGUGAAUAACAUCUGGGUUAAGACGCAGGAAUAUUUCGUACACGCGCAACAUGACUCCACUAUUCCAAACACAGGUGAGGCCUGGAAUGCUACUAUGUGCUUUCUUAUGUGUUCUGGCAUGUGUCGUCAGCACCACAGUUGAAAUAUACUACGGAGCGGUUUUUACAGGCAGCCUGGCAGUGAUAUUCUUUAUUAUGAGUUGCCAACAAAAGCCUAUAGCAAGUGAGCCUAUUGCGGACGUGAACGUCACUUCUGCUAUCACCCACUACACAGCUAGACAGCAGCAGCAACACCAGCAACAGCAACACCAGCAACAGCAACACCAGCAACAGCACUCCACCACACAACAGCUGGAUCUCACCCAACCACCUUCCUACACCUCACAAACAUCGUACGCUGCUCACCCACUCUACCCCUCACACAUCCAGGAUCAACCUCCCAGCCCUCAUACCUACCCACACGAAGCUACUUUACCCGCGUACGGACAGCAGCUCACAGUGUACGAGACCUAUACGUUGGAUCCUGCCUAUGGCGCUUAUACACGUUCUUCUAUAGUCUUCCAGUCUUCCACCGACGGACUGCCCACCUAUGAAGAAGCUACCACAAUAAAUAUAUCUAGUAACAAGUCUGCUAAAGAAUAAAACACCUGAUUUUUUUUUUCUCCGAAUCUAUUUCCCCUCAGGGAAGGUUCCUUGAUGUUGGUGAGGGGCUCUUGAUUUAGGGAAUUGGAUCUGUGCUCCGGUUCCCCGAAUUAAGCCUGAAUGCUUUCCACACCCCCCCCCCCAGGCGCUGUAUAAUCCUACAGGUUUAGCGCUCCCCCUUGAUUAUAAUAAUAAUAAUAAUAUUCCGAAUCUAUUUCAUUAUUAUUAUUAUAAUUAUUAUUAUUAUUAUUAUUAUUAUUAUUAUUAUUAUUAUUAUUAUUAUUAUUAUUAUUAUUAUUGUCACUUGAGUUUUUAUUUUGCAUACACUCGUCCUGUCAGUUGUAAUGACACUAUACCCAGCCCUUCUAGGGUAGGGUAGGUGCCUGAGCCCGAGCUUACAGCUCACAAGACUGUCAUUCCCAUUAGCCCCCUUGUGGCGGGGAGGACAGACCUAGCUUGUGGCUAGGCCUGGGGACAGUUGGUCCCAAAGAUGAGGAGGUACUUGUGCCUCCUCCCAUAAGAGACUUAGGUCUCAGACACUCCCUAGAGAGGGAGCCAAGGCCGGGUCACCACUUGGAAAAGGCCCGGGCCGGGAGAAUACCGGUGAAUCUUUAAUAAUAAUAAAUAAAAUAUUAGCCGGGAGAAUACCGGCGAAUUAAAAAAAAAAAAUAUUAGUACCUAUGGGUAAAUAUUUAUAAUUAUUUUACAGAAUAAAGUUACUUCCUAAAUUAUGUUUCAUAUCGUAUAUAAUUCGUCUACCUGGAGGUUACCUGGAGGUUAUUCCGGGGAUCAACGCCCCGCGGCCCGGUCCAUGACCAGGCCUCCUCGCUAUUCCAGCAAUUUUGACUUUGCUAAUAAAGCCAUUUAUCAAUGA